AUGCACCCUGCAAUCCUCACACCCGCUGUGACUGUGCCCUUUGCCAAGCGUCUCACCUCCGCGGACGGAACGGCCGUAUACGCCGAAGCGAUCGGCGACCCCUCGAACCCGUCCAUCGUCUUCUUGCAUGGCUUCUCGCUCUCCACCGUAGUCUGGGACUGCAUCUUCCACGAACCUCGUUACACAGACAAGUUCUAUCUCGUUCGCUAUGACUUGCGCGGACAUGGUCGUUCGGGUAAACCGGAAACACCCGAGGGUUACGCUUCGGAGAGGUUCGCGCAGGACUUUGCGGCCGUCAUGGAGGCCUUCGACCUCAAGCGACCUGUUCUCGUGGGUUGGAGCAUGGGAUCGAUCGUAAUAACCGACAUAGCCGCGCACCUCCCCCCGACGACCCUCUCCGGCGCCAUAUGCAUCUCCUCGCUGCCCUACCUGGCAGGCGAUGCCGGCCGUCGAAUCAUGAGCCCCACGAUCCUCGAGAUCGCCUCGGGCUCGCUCCAAAACGCCGACGUCGGCCUCUUCGCCAAAACCAAGAUCAGAUUCCUCGACUCGCUAUUCUCCCACCCCGACCAAAUUUCACACGAGCUGAAGUGUCUGUGGCUGGGCGCCUCCCUCGCUUGUACGCCCGCCGAUAUGACGCUGGGGUUCAGUCGCACGCAGGACCCGGAGCCAAUGUAUAAGAUGGCGCGCGAGGGCACAUUGCCGCUUUUGGUGCUUCAGGGCAGGUUGGAUGGGCAUCUCGAUGCGGAAAAGCUUGUGGCGGAAAUCAAGCCGCUUUGGAAGGAUGCGGAGGUGGUGAUCCUCGAAGGCAUUGGGCAUGCGGUCUUCUAUGAGGACACUGAGGGAGUCAUGCAGCGCAUAGGGCACUUUGUGAGAAGAGUACAGGCAUAA